AGCUUCCCCUGUACCGUUUGGGAUCUUUCCUUGCAGAAAAGGUGCAACUCCUAACUAUUAAGAAAUUUGCAUUCCCUAAAUAUCUUCAUGGCGAAGAAGGGCAAGGCAAAGUCAGCAAAACUUGAGAUAGAAGAGAAUGAAUCGGGAGCGUGUGAUUCAAAGUCAUUGAUGGUUCUAAGCAGCAGUGAGGACGAGGAAGCCAAUGAAGACCUAAGCUUGAAAAUUGUUGAGAAAGCAAUAUUGGUGAAAGCUGCGAGGUUUGAUGAUAGAAACCAUGACGCUUCCGAUGACCCAGGCGUUGCUUCUGUGGUGAAUUUGACCUCUUCAUCUUCACUCGGGGGAUCUGGUGUAGCUGGCACCAGCGGUGGAAGUGAAGAGGCGGAUUUGAAUUUGAAAAGUAAGAAGAGUGUUAAAAGAAGAAAGAAGAAAACGAUAGUUGAAAAGGUCACCAUUACAGGAUAUGGAGAUAAAGCUGCAAUGAUGGAGAAGGUUGAGAUAGUCGAGGAGGCUAUUUUGGCUGAGGCUGCAGAGCCUGUUGAAUCUCUUCACCGAAAUACUGUAGACAAAUCUGACAAUAUUGUGCUCCGAAAGCUUCUUCGAGGGGCAAGAUACUUUGAUCCUCCGGAUAGUGGUUGGGAAACAUGCUAUAAUUGUGGCGAAGAGGGGCAUAUGGCAGUGAACUGUAAAUCUGCUUCAAAGCGGAAGAAACCAUGCUUUCUUUGUGGGAGUUUGGAUCAUGGUGCUAGACAGUGCUCAAAGGCACAAGAUUGCUUUAUCUGCAAAAAAAGUGGUCACCGAGCAAAAGAUUGUCCAAACAAACACAAUAGUGGGAUUAAGUAUGGUAAUAUUUGUUUAAGAUGUGGAGCUUCUGGGCAUGACAUGUUUUCAUGCAGGAAUGACUAUUCCCAUGAUGAUAUCAAGGAGAUGCAGUGUUAUAUCUGCAAGAGUUUUGGCCAUUUAUGUUGUGUUGACUUUGUUGAUACCAAAGCAAGAGAAGUUUCUUGUUACAGAUGUGGCCAACUGGGUCAUAAAGGGUUGUCAUGCGGUAGAUUACAUAGAGAAACAAAGGAGACCACUGAUAAUAGGUCACCUAGCUUAUGCUAUAAGUGCGGUGAAGGAGGACACUUUGCACGGGAAUGCGCCACUGGUACUCCAUCUAGGUCAUGCUACAAGUGUGGAGGAGGACACUAUGCUCGUGAAUGCAGUUCUGCUAAAGUAAGUUUCAGUACAAAAUCAAGUGUUGGUAAAAGAAAUCGUGAACCAUCCACUCCAAAUAGAAGACAUCGUCGAGAAAAUAAAGAGUACUUGGGGUACAAGUCAGCACCUCAUGAUCAGGGCAAGAUCCGCAAAAGGAAAAAAAAUAAGUUCGAAGAAAACGGCUUCAGUACACCACGAAAAGAAAAACAAAGAGGUGGUUGGAUUACAGAAGAAGUUGGAGAUUUCUCCAACAGGAAGUCGUCAUCAAGGAGCCAUUGGAGUUCUCCCAAAACGCCACCUGCGGAGAGACGUAAGAAGUCUUCUUCAGUUUCUCGGUCUUCUAAAACAAAGAAUUCUCAUAGAUAUUCGGCAUCAAGGUUCAGCAAUUUUGGCAAUGAUGAACCAAGUAGGGAUUACAAUUGGUGGUAGGAUAUUAUAUCUUUGGUUCUUUCUUGUUCUCAUCUUCUAUAU